AACUUAAAACACAUCAAUUGGUCCUACUUAUACCCAACUAAUCAAUCUCCCGAAUACAAUCCUGUGUUCUUCCUAAAUGGUCCAGUAUAUUUCACACAAGAAAACGACCCACAAGGAGAAUCGGCCUGA